GUUGGCUGAUUACAUCAAAAACCAAUUUCAUUCGUUGUCAUUCGCAUGUCGUAACUCGUCGCUUUUAAAAGUCACACUUCAAAAUCCUUCGUGUCCAGUAGCAUGGACGAAAGUCCGAACAAACCUAACCGAAAGUCUGGUUUCAUUUUGACUAAAUCUAAAACUAAAGACUCAGCAACCAAAGACUAUCAGAUUGCGAGGCCGCAAUUUAAAACUGGCGUCUGGAAGUUCAUCAAUUUUUUCAUCCGUCACAAAAACCAGAAAAGAAUAACGUCCCAAAAAUCGCUCUCCCCCGUUCUUUUUAAUGCGAAUAGAGAUUUCUUGGAAGAUAACCGAUUGAGAAACGAUUAUGAGUUUUGUCUUGUUUCAGAGGAAUUAGGUGAUCAAUCUAAACCGUUCGAUAAAGAAUUGCUUAUGGAAAAUGAAAAGAUUGAAGGCGAAACUCCUUCGCGAAGAAACGCACAAAAUAAAGCGGACGCAAAAAAGUUUUUUAAUAAAAUGAAUAUGGAAGGUCUUAUGAAAUUAUUUGCCGAUCUUCAUCGAAAAAAACGAGCGAAAGAACUUACUAAACCAAAUCUAUCCGUGCCCGUAGAAACUUCAAAUCCUAUUUCACCGAAUCAAGAAAGAGAAGAAAAAGAAACGAAAUCACCUUCUCAGACAACUUUAAAGCAGGAAGCUUCAAUUACGGAAGAAUCAUUGGUUGCAGAAAAAAAUAACAUUAAAUCGACAAAUAUAGCAACCCCAGCAAAUUCACCAGAACCUUCACUAAACGAUAAAGAUAUAAACGAAGAAGAUGGAACAUUAAAUCUUUUGGAAUGCGUAAGAACUAAAUUGGCCGAUUAUUUAAGCGAAGAAGAAAGUGUUAAUUCUUUAAGAGCCACUUACAACGAGACAAAGCAAUGCGAUGAGUUAACUGAUAAUUAUUGGUCAAGAAGGGUAUUUCCAACAUUAGAUAAUGACAGUUUGAAAUAUGAAUCCAGCUGCGAUGAUAUUUCAUCGUUAAGAAAUAAUUCACUCCAAAUUUUGUCGGAUGAUGUUAAUACCCAAUUUUCAAAGGACUCGAUAUACUCAAGACAAAGCUUUAAGGGAAAUAAUUUUGAUUUAAACCAAUCGUUUCUAGAAGAAGAUGUAACUUCAGAAGUUAACUCAUCCGUUGCAUCUUCAUCUAGCAGACGAGCGAUGGCGACGUACCAAUUGUUGCACUCAAUACCAUUUAAUAACUCAACCGAUCAAAUGAAGUUCCCCAAAAUGUUAUCUUGUCACGAACUAACAACGCAGUUGCAAGAUCAUCCUUCCACGGAAAUUAAUUCAAAUAAAAAUGAAAGCAUUGAAAAUUCAAACGAAGAAGUUAGUGAAGAUUUUAAAAGCAAUGAUACGACGCUUUCUCAAACGUGUGAUCGAGGAGUUGACGCUUUUGAAGAUAAAACCUCUUCUCUUUGCACAACGGGCGUUGGAAGCACGGCUGCGCUUAUUGAUGACAAUAAUUCACCUGUUGCAUCUUCAUCCAGCAAAACGAUGGGGACGCACCAGUUGUUGCAUUCCAUUCCUUUCAAUAAUCCAACAGAUCAAAUGAAGCUCCCAAAAAUGUUAUCUUGUCACGAACUAAACUCGCAGUUGCAAGAUCACCCUUCCACGGAAAUUAAUUCAAAUAAAAAUGAAAGCAUUGAGAAUUCAAAGGAAGAAGUUAGUGAAGAUGUCAAGAGCAAUGAUGUGACGCUUUCUCAAACAUGCGAUCGAGGAGUUGACGCUUUUGAAGAUAAAACUUCUUCUCUUUGCACAACGGGCGUUGGAAGCACAGCAGCGCUUAUUGAUGAUGAAUCAAAAUCAAAUCAAACGACGGAAAUAUUAAACGAAGAUUUGAUGAAUUUAGAAGAUGAAACAUUUAACACAACCAAUGAUUGCUUUGAUAUUGUAGCCAUCCCAACAGGCAGUCAAGAUAUAAUAGACGAAGAAGAACCGCAUUUAGUUACCGACACUGUAGAAGAAACCUCCAUAGACGAAGAUUUCAAUAAUUUAAACGAUGAAGACGUAAUUUAUGGAUCUGAAAUUGACGAAACUAAAAGCGAUCAUGAGUUGCAAGAUCCAAAAACAACAGAGCUUUUAUUCGUUUCCAAAUAUAUGAAUAACAGUGAAAUAAAAAAUGAUGAAGAUAAAAAUUAUCAAGAGAAUAUCGAAGAUAAGACUCAAGAGGCCUUUGAGGCCGGGAGCCAAACGAAUGAGGUUAUCGUUUUGGAAAAAGAUGAGAUGACGUCGUUAACCAAAAAAAUCGAAUUAGAAGCAAUGAUACGAAACGAAAUCACCAACAAUUUUAAAUUAGCUUUGGAUAACAAGAAUCUUGUGAUGGUCACAGCUGAAGAUCAACUAAGAACUGAAGAAAUCGAACUUAUUUCUAACGAUUCCAACUCGGCGAAUAACAUUAAACAUAAUACAACAGAAGAAAACAUUUCAAACAUUGCCAACGUUCAUCUUACUGAUUCAAUCACUUCAGAUCUUUUAAGCAAUUUAGACUUAAUAGUUCUUACGAGAAAAGAUGAUGUUGGAAACGCAGGAUCAGAUUCAGGAAUAUACAUGAGUAAAAACGCUUCGCGUAUCACCACCUUAACAUUCAGAGAAAGUCAAGUAAUCAACCAACAACCAAUUGAUGACAAACCGUCAAAAAUUGAAGGCGAAAAUGCGAGUUUUAAUAGUAACAUAGAAAAUAAUGUUGAUGAAGAAAAGAAAAAUCACGAAUUACAAGAUGAUCUAAAUAAAAUUAAUGAAGAAAAUAAAGAACUCGAAGAAAUUCUCGAUUAUGACAUUGAAACGCAAAUGAAUCAAGAGGCGAUUCUCGAAAGUUUAAAAGAAAACUAUGCUCGUCAAACGAAAAAUCCUGACAUGGUUUAUGCUCAAGCUGAAGCCGAUAUCAAAACGAUGAUUAAAGAACUUCUUCGUGAAACUGAAGAUAUCAAAGAAUCCAUCAUCGCAACGAAAUUGCGAUCGAAAAAUUCUUCGGCAGAAAUGUGCAAAGAAAUUGUUGAAGAUAUGAUUAAUUUUGUUAAAGAAGAUAUUCCAAUGGAAGCUGAUAUGAAACGUGGAAAUGAAAAAGAAACCGUUCAAGAAACUAGCGAAACGAUUCAAGAAAUUUUGAACACAAUAAUUGGAAAAGUGUACUCUACUGUUGAGGCUAAAGCCGAGGAAAAUGCGGUAUCGGUAAAUUAUUGUUUGGUACGUAACCAUUUUCAUGAUAAAUCUAAGAAGCACGAUUCUAGGGUUGUGACAGCGAAUAAACUCUUCAGGGCAUUCUACAAGAUCAAGAGAAAUUUCAACACCUGCGUUGGUCCAAAAGUAACCGUAAUUAAUUUAUCUCCAACAUCUCAACGGUUUUUAAGAAGCGACGAAAAGUUAACCAACAAAAUUCGAAGAUCUGCCGCUUUAUUGAUGGCUCUUUACGAAGAAAUGAGAGAUUAUUCUUAUUAUAGUUGCACGUCAAAUAUUUUAUGUGAUUUAUACGAAAGUAUGAGUAAAAACGAACGGUAUUUAAAUCAUCAACAAAUUCCGAGAGGUUCCAAUUUUAUAACGAACGUAAAUAGUAACGUUUUUUUUAAUUAUCAAACCAUCACUGAUGUUGAUCUUAAAGUUGAGUCAAACGAAGAACCGGAAACGUCAACGGUACAAUUUUUUGAUAAGCCAAAUUGUUCAACCAGCAAUGAAGAGGGUUCUUCCGUGGUUUUACCGCAUUUUAAAAAUCUUCCAACAUCAACAUCAAAUUCGAGCAUCUAUUCGGAUGAAGAAGAAAUUCCCUUUUCUGGAAUUCUUCCAAAUUUGAGAUACACUUAUCACUCCCAAGAAGAGAUUAAUAGCGAUGAAGAAAUGAUGAAGAUUGAUAAUAAUGUUGCGGUGAACGCCGGAAGAGAUCUGGGUCUUGAUGUUCCCUUAACGGAGUCAUUAUCAAUCGAUUCGAUCCAUGCCGAUAUUGCCAUCAACGAAUCAGAAAAUUUUAUUAUACUUAAAGAUUUAUCGAUGGCUUAAGAUAUUUUAACAUUAACAUAUUUAAUUAUCAA